ACCAAUUACUCCAAACUAACCAAUCAAAAACCAAUUUAAUUGACGUGGCAAUCAAACAUUGGUCAGUUUUCCGUUUGAAAGUCCUGGGUAACUUCCACAUGAAUUUCGCACCUCUUCGUCAUCUUCACGCUGAGUCACAACAACAACAACUUCUCCUCUGUUUAUAUCUCUCUCUCUCUCUAAAACGCCUCACUUUCUCUCUCCUCCACCACCCACUUAAAAGAAGCCCUUUUCUUUGAUUUGUUUCUUUCUCGAGAAAAGCCAUGUCGAGGGAAGAUUUGGAGAGCAGGGGAGUGAAAAUCAGUGGUGGGAACAACAACGCCAGUUCUGUUUCUUCGUAUGUGAUUGAAGAGAGAGAUGCACAGUGGACAUCAUGGUUGAUCCCUAUGUUUGUUGUUGUCAACGUUGCUUUGUUCGUUGUCGCUAUGUACAUCAACGAUUGUCCUAAACACAAAUUGGGAACUGAUGGCAAAUGCGUCGCGAGGUUUCUCGGCCGGCUUUCUUUUCAACCCUUGAAUGAAAAUCCUCUCUUUGGUCCUUCUUCUUCAACGUUGGAGAAGUUGGGAGCUCUUGAGUGGACGAAAGUGGUGCACAAACACCAAGCAUGGAGGCUUAUCACUUGUAUCUGGGUACAUGCUGGUAUUAUUCAUCUGCUUGUGAACAUGUUGUGCCUGGUCUUUAUUGGAAUUCGCCUUGAACAACAGUUUGGCUUUGUUCGUAUUGGAAUCAUCUACCUGUUAUCAGGAUUCGGUGGGAGCAUACUUUCCGCUUUGUUCCUUCAAAAGAGCAUUUCCGUUGGUGCUUCUGGUGCUCUUUUUGGUCUUCUUGGAGCAAUGCUUUCAGAGCUUAUUACCAACUGGACUAUUUAUACCAACAAGGUUGCAGCGCUCUUAACAUUAAUUGUCAUUGUAGUUAUCAACCUAGGUAUUGGAAUUCUGCCGCAUGUUGAUAAUUUUGCCCAUAUUGGUGGAUUCGUCUCGGGUUUUUUCCUAGGCUUUAUUUUGUUGCUUCGUCCUCAGUAUGGAUGGGUAACGCGUCGGAAUCUUCCAGUUGAGGUCCGUGUCUCAUACAAU